UAUUGGACACUCGCUCAUGUCUAGUCUGGUUUGAGGAAGUCCAGAGUCAGGAUGGUUGGCCUGGUUAUACUAAUGCUUCUAGGGGCUGCAGCUGCAGCCCCUCUAGAUGACAAGAUCGUGGGAGGGUACGAGUGUAGUAAGAACUCUCAGCCCUGGCAGGUCUCCAUCAACAUCGGAUACCACUUCUGUGGAGGGUCUCUCAUCAACGACCAGUGGGUCAUCUCUGCUGCCCACUGCUGGCAAAACCCAUACUCUCAGAUAGUUGUGCUGGGGGACCACCACAUUUGGAUGAAUGAAGGCACAGAGCAGUUCAUGUCAGUAGAUGCCAUCCACUGGCACCAGAGCUAUGACUACCAGACCCUGGACUAUGACAUCAUGCUGAUGAAGCUGGCUCACCCUGCCAUUCUGAACAAGUAUGUGAAGCCCAUCUCCCUGCCCACAGCCUGCGCUAACCCUGGGACCAUGUGCAUGGUGUCUGGCUGGGGUAACAUCUACACUGACGAGGUGUUCAACCCCUUUAAUCUUCAGUGUGUUGAGGUGCCCAUCCUGUCUGAUGAGGUCUGUAAGAACUCAUAUCCUGGACAGAUCACUGAACGCAUGGUGUGUGCCGGAUACCUGGAGGGAGGCAAAGAUGCUUGUCAGGGCGAUUCUGGAGGUCCUUUGGUGUGUAACGGUGAGCUGCAGGGUAUAGUGUCUUGGGGUUAUGGCUGUGCCCAACCCGAUCACCCCGGGGUCUACACCAAAGUCUGCUCCCUCAUGUCCUGGAUCAAAGACAUUCUCACCCAAUACAUUGUGUUACUCACUGGAGCUCAUGGUGUUGCCCCAUCCAGAGACAGUGCACAUGGUGCCAGCGGGGGCACAGCUGGUGGGCAGAGCAACGGUCUCCACGUAGCUGUUGAGGGUGGCGGCCCUGCUCAGCUUGAUCAACAUGAUGUCAUUGUCAAUGGUGUAGGAGUUGUAGUUGGGGUGGCGGAUGACGCGGGAGGAGCUAAUGAACUGCUCAGUUCCCUCGUUCACAUUGAUGUGGUGCUCUCCCAGACGCACCUCAAUACGACUGCAACACACUCAGAGGUCAAAGCAGUGGGCAGCAGACACAACCCACUCCGCACUGACCAGAGAGCCACCACAGAAGUGGUACCCAGCGUUCAGAGACACCUGGUGGGCCUGAGAGUAAGGUGUGCACUCAUACCCUCCGACGAUCUUGUCGUCCUCGGCAACUACCAGUGGAUCACAAAGUUAGUUUUCAGGUACAACAGUGUGAUGGAUACUACACACGAUGAUGUGGAUGUACUCACAGGCCACUCCGAUGAGCAGAAUGAAGACCAGACACCUCAUCGGGUUGUAUGCAUAUAUACCAUAGUUUAUGUGAAGACCUUUCAUCAACAGGAUCACUCAGCAGCAAACAUGAGGUGUCUGGUCUUCAUUCUGCUCAUCGGAGCGGCCUUUGCCGAGGACGACAAGAUCGUCGGAGGGUAUGAGUGCAAACCUUACUCUCAGCCCCACCAAGUGUCUCUGAACUCUGGGUACCACUUCUGUGGUGGCUCUCUGGUCAAUGAGAACUGGGUUGUGUCUGCUGCCCACUGCUACAAGUCUCGUGUUGAGGUGCGUAUGGGAGAGCACAACAUCAAGGUGAACGAGGGAACUGAGCAGUUCAUCACCUCCUCCCGCGUCAUCCGCCACCCCGAGUACAGCUCCUACAACAUCGACAAUGACAUCAUGCUGAUCAAGCUGAGCAAGCCCGCCACCCUCAACCAGUAUGUGCAGCCUGUCGCUCUGCCCACCAGCUGUGCCCCCGCUGGCACCAUGUGCACUGUCUCUGGAUGGGGCAACACCAUGAGCUCCACCGCUGACAGGAACAAGCUGCAGUGCCUGCAGAUCCCCAUCCUGUCUGAUAGAGACUGCGACAACUCCUACCCUGGCAUGAUCACUGACGCCAUGUUCUGUGCUGGAUACCUGGAGGGAGGCAAAGACUCCUGCCAGGGUGACUCUGGUGGCCCCGUGGUGUGCAAUGGUGAGCUGCAGGGAGUGGUGUCCUGGGGCUAUGGCUGCGCUGAAAAAAACCACCCUGGAGUCUAUGCCAAGGUCUGCAUCUUCAACGACUGGCUGGAGAAGACCAUGUCCCAGUAUUAAACUGCUCGCACAUCAAAAGCGUGAAGACUAUUGAC